AUGGGGAAACCUGGCAAGGACAAAGCUAGAGGAAGUGCAGAGACGACCCCACGGCAUUCCAAGCAACCAGAAAUGGAGAAGUUUCUCCGGAAAACGCCGAGGCUGGUGGCACAGAAAGGCCCUAAUAUGGCGGAAUCUGCAGCCCAUGACUCUGACGUAGGAGACCUCUCCGAUGCUGGCAGCGGCUCCGAUACCUCGGAUAGGAGGCCCAGAGAACCACCUAUGUCAGAGCGGACUCUCAGACGGGUCCUGGAAUCAGCCCUCUCGCCUAUCAAACAGGAUCUUUCUGAUAUAAAGGACGACCUGCGGCAUUUGGGCCAGAGGGUGGUCGCGUUAGAGGAAGCGCAGGAAUCCAUCAUGUCUUAUGAAAACAAAGCUUCGGAGGUGCUGGCGGCUCAUAAGACUUUACUGAAUGAGGCUUUUUUAAAGCUGGAAGACCAGGAGAACCGCAGCCGAAGGCGCAACAUUAGAAUACGCGGCCUACCUGAAUCAAUUGCGGCUGAGGCCUUGCCGACGGUAGCGCGCGAAAUUUUCUCCAUGCUGCUUGAUCCUGAGAGAGCGGCGGGCAUUGUGGUAGAAAGAAUACAUAGGGCGCUGCGCCCCAGGCCCAAGCCUCAGGAACCUCCGCGGGAUGUCAUCUGCGGCCUAUUAAGCUACGUGGAUACUGCGGCCCUCUUGAAGAAACAGAGAGAGAUGGAGGUACUGGAGUAUGAAGGCACGCCAUUUCAGAUGUUCCAGGAUCUGGCGCCAUCCACUUUGGCGAAGCGACGUCUGAUGAAGCCCCUCCUGGAUGUCCUGAGGAAAACAUCUACGCCAUUCAGGUGGCUGUAUCCCUUUGGGCUUGCUGUCUCCAGGAACGUCGCCUCACUAAAUGUCCAUGGGCUGAACGAGCCAUGCAAACGGUCCCAGAUCAUAUCUCUCCUCCUGAAGGAUAAAGUUUCAGUGGCUUUUCUACAGGAGACUCAUUUUAGAACAGGUAAAAUCCCCAAUCUUCCUCCUAAGAAAUUUGCUCAGUGGUUUCAUAGUACUCAUGACUCUGCUAGCAAGGGAGACCCCAAAGGUAAAACACACAAAUCCACUCCAGAUAUUGCUAAAACGUUUUGCGCCUUUUAUGAAGCUCUGUAUAAUCUACCCUCUCCUGAAGGGGCCACCGCAGGUGAUCUUUCAGAGGCCACAGAUAGGUUUUUACAGACCUUGGACCUCCCUUCUGUUUCCCCAUCCAAGGCUUCACAGCUAACUAGACCCAUUACUGAUUCGGAGAUUCAUAAAGUGCUCUCGACCAUCCCCUCGGGCAAAAGCCCUGGCCCAGAUGGCUUUUCCAUCACUUACUACAAGUCCUUUAAGGACAUUUUAGUUCCUCGUUUCAGGGAUCUGUGCAAUUUCCUUCUUUCUGGAGGCUCCUUAGCCCCUCACUCUUUAAUGGCGCACAUCACGGUCCUGCAUAAGGAGAAUAAGGAUCCGACUUGCUGCAGUAACUAUAGGCCGAUCUCUUUGCUUAAUUGUGAUGUGAAGUGGUGGGCAAAGAUCCUGGCUGCCAGGCUCCAGGAUGUUCUUCCUGACAUUGUUCAUGAGGAACAAGUGGGCUUUGUCCGUGGCAGACAGGGGUCGGAAAAUACGGUUCGGCUCCUCCAUCUUGUUAAUUGGGCUAAAAGAUUCUCAAAGCCUCUGGUGUUGGCGGUGUCCUCUUGUGAUGAAAUACCUGAAUGCCAAACAAUCAGCGUCCAGGCGUCGACCUUCCAGAUAUCGGUCACUGGACUGGCGGAGGGAUUCUCCCUGCAGAAUAUAACUGAUAUAGAUGGGAACAUUAUUCAAGCGUCUGAUAACAGCUUGAAUAACACGUCACUUAUGAGCCUUCGGUCUGGUACACGGUAUGUGAUCCGCUAUGGGAACGACUCAACCAGCUGCUGCCGCAAUGUCACCACCGAGCCAAUGUCCGUGAAAUCUCUGCAAAUAAGUAACGCAACCUCAUCUUCUGUGUCUCUGACGUGGAGUAAACCUGAUGAGUAUCAGACGUCUUACAGCUACAGAGUCCAGACCAAUCUCACCUCAUCAUCAGUAAUGAUAAAUGAUACAAUAGGGAGAAGUGAUUCAGCGACAAUAAUGAAUCUGACGGCAGGAGAAACCUAUACAUUCAUGGUGUAUACGAGAGCUGCCGAUGGCACCACUGAAUCAGACCCGGUGUCACAAUCUACCUGCACAGUUCCUGGACAAGUUUCCAGCCUCUCACUGACCAAUUCCAAGUCGGUUGAUCUUCUCGGAGCCACAUGGACAAAACCAGCAGGAAAAGUGGAUAAUUACACCGUCAGUCUAACAGGAGCCGUGAAUAAGACAAUACCAGCUAGUACUACACAAGUGAAUUUCACAGGAUUACUGCCCGGAAGAGAAUAUACAGUCACCGUACAGACAGUCAGUGGGAGCUGCAGCCAGACGUCUGCUCCAGUGACAGAGGCCACAUAUCCAACCGAACCUGGAAAGUUAUCCUUUAUCAGCAUCGGAACUAAGAAUCUCACCUUAUCUUGGACAGAGCCAGUAAAUAUGACCGGUGUGGCCAAGUCAUAUAAUAUAAGCUAUGGGAUGUUCCCAUCAACUAACAUAACUGUGACCAGCAACGCAACAAAUGUCACCCUUCAGAAGCUGACCUCAGGGACUAAUUACAGCAUUACUGUGGUCACAGUCGGAGUCCGGGGGUAUCCGAGUUCACCUGUCAGCACAUCUGUCUAUACAAAACCGAUGACGGCAAAUUCUCUGCAGUUCAGUGAUGUGACCUCGUCUUCUGUGUCUCUGACGUGGAGUAAACCUGAUGAGUAUCAGACGUCUUACAGCUACAGAGUCCAGACCAAUCUCACCUCAUCAUCAGUAAUGAUAAAUAAUACAAUAGUGAGAAGUGAAUCAGCGACAAUAACAAUGAAUCUGAUCCCCGGAGAAACCUAUACAUUCACGGUGUAUACGAGAGCUGCCGAUGACAUCACUGAAUCAGACCCGGUGUCACUAACUAUCUGCAUAGUUCCUGGACAAGUUUCCAGCCUCUCACUGACCAAUUCCAAGUCGGUUGAUUUUCUCGGAGCCACAUGGACAAAACCAGCAGGCAAAGUGGAUAAUUAUACCGUCAGUCUAACAGGAGCCGUGAAUAAGAUAAUACCAACUAGUACUACACAAGUGAAUGUCACAGGAUUACUGCCCGGAAGAGAAUAUACAGUCACUGUACAGACAGGCAGUGGGAGCUGCAGCCAGAUGUCUGCUCCAGUGACAGAGGCCACAUAUCCAACCCAACCUGGAAAGUUAUCCCUUAUCAGCAUCGAAACUAAGAAUCUGACGUUAUCUUGGACAGAGCCAGUAAAUAUGUCCGGUGUGACUAAGUCAUAUACUAUUCGCUAUGGGAUGUUCCCAUCAACUAACGUAACUGUGACCAGCAACGCAACAAAUGUCAUCCUUCAGAAGCUGACCUCAGGGACUAAUUACAGCAUUACUGUGGUCACAGUCGGAGUCCGGGGGUAUCCGAGUUCUCCUGUCAGCACAUCUGUCUAUACAAAACCGAUGUCGGUAAAUUCUCCGCAGAUCAGUAACGUGACCUCGUCUUCUGUGUCUCUGACGUGGAGUAAACCUGAUGAGUAUCAGACGUCUUACAGCUACAGAGUCCAGACCAAUCUCACCUCAUCAUCAGUAAUGAUAAAUUAUACAAUAGUGAGAAGUGAAUCAGCGACAAUAAUGAAUCUGACGGCAGGAGAAACCUAUACAUUCAUGGUGUAUACAAGAGCUGCCGAUGACAUCACUGAAUCAGACCCGGUGUCACUAACUACCUGCACAGUUCCUGGACAAGUUUCCAGCCUCUCACUGACCAAUUACAAGUCGGUUGAUUUUCUUGGAGCCACAUGGACAAAACCAGCAGGCAAAGUGGAUAAUUAUACCGUCAGUCUAACAGGAGCCGUGAAUAAGACAAUAGCAACUAGUACUACACAAGUGAAUUUCACAGGAUUACUGCCCGGCAGAGAAUAUACAGUCACCGUACAGACAGUCAGUGGGAGCUGCAGCCAGACGUCUGCUCCAGUGACAGAGGCCACAUAUCCAACCCAACCUGGAAAGUUAUCCUUUAUCAGCAUCGGAACUAAGAAUCUGACGUUAUCUUGGACAGAGCCAGUAAAUAUGAACGGUGUGACUAAGUCAUAUAAUAUUCGCUAUGGGAUGUUCCCAUCAACUAACAUAACUGUGACCAGCAACGCAGCAAAUGUCACCCUUCAGAACCUGACCUCAGGGACUAAUUACAGCAUUACUGUGGUCACAGUCGGAGUCCGGGGGUAUCCGAGUUCUCCUGUCAGCACAUCUGUCUAUACAAAACCGAUGUCGGUAAAUUCUCUGCAGAUCAGUAAUGUGACCUCGUCUUCUGUGUCUCUGACGUGGAGUAAACCUGAUGAGUAUCAGACGUCUUACAGCUACAGAGUCCAGACCAAUCUCACCUCAUCAUCAGUAAUGAUAAAUGAUACAAUAGUGAGAAGUGAAUCAGCGACAAUAAUGAAUCUGAUCCCCGGAGAAACAUAUACAAUUAUGGUGUAUACGAGAGCUGCCGAUGACAUCACUGAAUCAGAGCCGGUGUCACAAUCUACCUGCACAGCUCCUGGACAAGUUUCCAGCCUCUCACUGACCAAUUACAAGUCGGUUGAUUUUCUUGGAGCCACAUGGACAAAACCAGCAGGAAAAGUGGAUAAUUACACCGUCAGUCUAACAGGAGAUGUAAAUAAGACCAUAUCAACUAAUACUACACAAGUGAAUUUCACAGGAUUACUGCCCGGAAGAGAAUAUACAGUCACCGUACAGACAGUCAGUGUGAACUGCAGCCAGACGUCUGCUCCAGUGACAGAGGCCACAUAUCCAACCCAACCUGGAAAGUUAUCCUUUAUCAGCAUCAGAACUAAGAAUCUGACCUUAUCUUGGACAGAGCCAGUAAAUAUGACCGGUGUGACUAAGUCAUAUAAUAUAAGCUAUGGGAUGUUCCCAUCAACUAAUAUAACUGUGACCAGCAGCGCAACAAAUGUCACCCUUCAGAAGCUGACCUCAGGGACUAAUUACAGCAUUACUGUGGUCACAGUCGGAGUCCGGGGGUAUCCGAGUUCACCUGUCAGCACAUCUGUCUAUACAAAACCGAUGUCGGUAAAUUCUCCGCAGAUCAGUAAUGUGACCUUAUCUUCUGUGUCUCUGACGUGGAGUAAACCUGAAGAGUAUCAGACGUCUUACAGCUACAGAGUCCAGACCAAUCUCACCUCAUCAUCAGUAAUGAUAAAUGAUACAAUAGUGAGAAGUGAAUCAGCGACAAUAAUGAAUCUGACGGCAGGAGAAACCUAUACAUUCAUUGUGUAUACGAGAGCUGCCGAUGGCAUCACUGAAUCAGAGCCGGUGUCACGAUCUACCUGCAUAGCUCCUGGACAAGUGACCUCCAUCUCAUUGAAUAAUUACAAUUCAGUGGAUUCUCUUGGAGCAACAUGGACAACAAAAUCAGCAGAAUAUGUGGAUUAUUAUACCGUCAGUCUAACAGGAGCCGUAAAUAAGAUAAUACCAGCUAAUACUACACAAGUGAAUUUCACAGGAUUACUGCCCGGAAGAGAAUAUACAGUCACCGUACAGACAGUCAGUGUGAACUGCAGCCAGACGUCUGCUCCAGUGACAGAGGCCACAUAUCCAACCCAACCUGGAAUGUUAUCCUUUAUCAGCAUCGGAACUAAGAAUCUGCCGUUAUCUUGGACAGAGCCAGUAAAUAUGACCGGUGUGACUAAGUCAUAUAAUAUAAGCUAUGGGAUGUUCCCAUCAACUAACAUAACUGUGACCAGCAACGCAACAAAUGUCACCCUUCAGAAGCUGACCUCAGGGACUAAUUACAGCGUUACUGUGGUCACAGUCGGAGUCCGGGGGUAUCCGAGUUCUCCUGUCAGUACAUCUGUCUAUACAAAACCGAUGUCGGUAAAUUCUCUGCAGAUCAGUGAUGUGACCUCGUCUUCUGUGUCUCUGACGUGGAGUAAACCUGAUGAGUAUCAGACGUCUUACAGCUACAGAGUCCAGACCAAUCUCACCUUAUCAUCAGUAAUGAUAAAUUAUACAAUAGUGAGAAGUGAAUCAGCGACAAUAAUGAAUCUGACGGCAGGAGAAACCUAUACAUUCAUGGUGUAUACAAGAGCUGCCGAUAACAUCACGGAAUCAGACCCGGUGUCACUAACUACCUGCACAGUUCCUGGACAAGUUUCCAGCCUCUCACUGAACAAUUCCAAGUCGGUUGAUUUUCUUGGAGCCACAUGGACAAAACCAGCAGGAAAAGUGGAUAAUUAUACCAUCAGUCUAACAGGAGCCGUGAAUAAGACAAUACCAGCUAGUACUACACAAGUGAAUUUCACAGGAUUACUGCCCGGAAGAGAAUAUACAGUCACUGUACAGACAGUCAGUGGGAACUGCAGCCAGACGUCUGCUCCAGUGACAGAGGCCACAUAUCCAACCGAACCUGGAAAGUUAUCCUUUAUCAGCAUCGGAACUAAGAAUCUGACCUUAUCUUGGACAGAGCCAGUAAAUAUGACCGAUGUGAUGACAAAGUCAUAUAAUAUAAGCUAUGGGAUGUUCCCAUCAACUAACAUAACUGUGACCAGCAACGCAACAAAUGUCACCCUUCAGAACCUGACCUCAGGGACUAAUUACAGCAUUACUGUGGUCACAGUCGGAGUCCGGGGGUAUCCGAGUUCACCUGUCAGCACAUCUGUCUAUACAAAACCGAUGCCGGUAAAUUCUCUGCAGAUCAGUGAUGUGACCUCGUCUUCUGUGUCUCUGACGUGGAGUAAACCUGAUGAGUAUCAGACGUCUUACAGCUACAGAGUCCAGACCAAUCUCACCUUAUCAUCAGUAGUGAUAAAGGAUACAAUAGUGAGAAGUGAAUCAGCAACAAUAAUGAAUCUGACGGCAGGAGAAACCUAUACAUUCAUGGUGUAUACGAGAGCUGCCGAUGACACCACUGAAUCAGACCCGGUGUCACGAUCUACCUACACAGCACUGCCAGAUCAACCCAACACAAUUCAGACCAGCCCUCCUUCAUCCAAUGGAUCGAUGGACAUUACUUUCUUGCCUUUUGAUAGUACACACGGGACGAUAGUGGCUUACGCUGUCAUUAUAACAACAGAGAAGAAUGGUAACCGGCCUCCAUGGGGGAUUUUAUCUAAAACAUACAAUGAUUUUAACAGACUAACAAACACUUAUGUCACCUACAUUAUCGAUAAAACAGCGACGAUGCGAUCUCAGCGGUCAAAUGGGAUAGCUGUCCGUGUGGGUGAUGGAACAAAAACUCAGUCUUAUGUCAAUGGACCACUGGACCCUCAGUCACAGUACAGGGUUAGCAUCGCUGGCUUUAACAAGAUCAAGUAUGAUCCACUCACAGCCACCAUCAUUGAAGAACAAUCUCCAGCAUCCUUCACAAACUACACUGGACCUAUCUCCUUACCUACAGCCCCUCUUGUGGGACCUUCCAAUACAGGCACCAUAGUAGGAGCUGUAGUAGGAAGUGUUGUUGGCGUCUCUGCACUCAUUGGUGUUGGAUUUUGGUUUUGGAGAAGGCAUAAAAAACAUAGUUCAGAAAAUAUGAAAAUUAGGAAACGUGCAAAGCGUGAAAACUUUGAAGCUUUGUUUAAAAAUCUGCAAGCAGAUGACAACAAGGGCUUCACGAUGGAGUUUAAUAGCCUGCAGUCUGUAGGUGUCUUACAGCCAAGGUCAGUGGCUCUUCAUCCUGCCAAUGUAGAGAAGAACCGUGAAGAUGCAGCCUACCCAUACGAUAAAUCUCGAGUUACGUUGUCGACCCUUGAAAACUCCUCUGAUGGUUAUAUUAAUGCCAGUUAUGUUCCUGGGUACAGGUCUGAGAAAGAAUUUGUUGCUGCUCAGCACCCACUGCCAGGGACCAUCAAAGACUUCUGGUACAUGAUCUGGGAGAAGCGCAUUAGCACCAUUGUAAUGCUGUCCAAUAGGCGAGAAAAUUAUAAGAGGCGAGAGGAGGAAUAUUGGCCAAAAGUCACCAAAACAUUUGGUAAUAUCAUAGCAACUUUAAUGUCUGAAAACAUACAGACUGGUUGGACUGUCAGAGUCUUUAUGGUGAGAAAUAUUGGAAGGAAAGAAAGUCGUCAAGUACGACAGUUCCAUUUUACUGAAUGGCACGAGACUGGGAAAAUGCCUGAAAGAGACACUGUAAUACAGUUUGUACAUCAGGUCCGGCAGAACAAGAAAGAAAAUCCUUCUAAUUACCCUACUCUGGUCCAUUGCAGGACCGGCAUGGGGAGAUCUGGAACCUUUAUAGCUCUUGAUUGUAUUAUCAAUCAGCUGGAAAGAGAUGAAAUCGUGGAUAUCUUUGGAGCAGUCCAAAAGAUGUAUUUACACCGGCCCUUAAUUGUGCAAACACAGGAGCAGUACAUAUUCCUGCACCGCUGCGCUCUAGAUAUAGUCACAGGUAAGACAGAUCACGACUACCAGAAGAUGGACGAGGAUUCUCUUUAUGAAGAAAUACCCAAAACAACCCAGGAGCAUGAAGAAGAAUAUGAACGGACAUUGUUUGUCUGAGAAUUCUGUCAGUUCUGUAUUGUGGUCAUUGUAUUUAUAUAGCUGUUACAGUGUAUAACGUGUUUAACCCCUUCAGCACCACUGCAGUCAUGUGAGGCAGAAGUGCAAGGUUUAAAAAUGGCACAGAUCGCAAGCAUAUAACGCCUCAGACGCUGUGGUCAAACGUGACACCAACAUUUGAGAGCUGGAAACACGGACACUCUGCGCUUCUGGGCUUGGAAUGGCUCCCCCAGGUGGUGAUCGGUGGAACCGCUCAUUUGUUGUAAGACCUGGAGACCACCAGGCCUUUCACGGGUAUAUUCCAAUGUAGCCCUGCAGGUGGCAGCACUAUAUCAGAAUGUACUGAAUCUUCUGUUUAACAAUGUAUCAAAUUCCAUCACUUCAUGGAAAUAGCAAUCGGACGAUUGCAUCUUCUUAGGACCUUGGGGGCCGAAAAAAAAGUUUUUUUU